AUGGCUGAAAGUGGGAAGAGCGCGAGCAAGGAGCCCGAGGUUGAGGAGGAGGAGGAGGCCGAAGUGGAAGGCGAAGGAGGCAACAACGAGGCGGGGGAUGGAAAGAAGAAGAAGAAGAAAAAGGGCGUCAAAAAAGAGGGCGGCUACCCGAGCGCAGAGGCAAACGACGGCGAGGAGCCGGAGCCGUCCACCGACUCCCAGACCCAGCUCUUGCAGAUGCUCCGGAAGCGGGGUCCUUGUGAGGAGUCACGUCGCCAUUCGGCGCGCGAACAUGCGUUCUGGGAUACCCAGCCUGUUCCGUCCAUGAGUGCCGAGUACGACCAGGAUACUGGACCACUCGAUGUCGUGAAGACCCCGGAUGAUGUGCGUGCAGAUCCUUAUCCUCUACCGGCCCAGUUUGAGUGGUGCACAUGUGAUGUGGAUUCGGACACGGAGAUCCUAGAGGUGUACACGCUUUUGACGGAGAACUACGUCGAAGACGACGACAGCAUGUUUCGCUUUGACUACUCCACGGAGUUUUUGCGAUGGGCGCUGAAGCCACCAGAGUACUUGAGGAAUUGGCACUUGGGCGUUCGUGUCAAAGGUGGUGGCAAGCUUGUUGGCUUCAUUACCGGGAUCCCCGCGAACAUCCAGGUCUUCGACAAAGUGGUCCAGAUGGCUGAAAUCAACUUCCUGUGCGUUCACAAGAAGUUGCGCUCCAAAAGAUUGGCUCCCGUCCUCAUCAAGGAGAUCACUCGCCGCGUGAAUCGUGAGAACGUGUGGCAAGCUGUUUACACAGCCGGGGUGGUCUUGCCCAGACCUGUCAGCGAGUGCCGAUACCACCACCGUUCCUUGAACCCGAAGAAGCUCAUCGAGGUAGGAUUCUCUCACCUCGGUGCUCGCAUGACGAUGGCCCGCACCAUCAAGCUGUACAAGGUGCCGGAAAGUCCCCAGCUCUCCGGCAUGCGGGAGAUGAAGAAGGAGGACGUGCCGCGGGUCCAUGGCCUGGUCUCCAACUACCUGAAGAAGUUCCAGCUGCAUCCCGAGCUUUCGCCUGCGGAGGUGGAACACUGGAUGCUGCCGCGGCUGGGUGUGGUCUACUGCUAUGUCCGUGAGAACGAGAAGGGCGAAGUCACGGACGUCUGCUCCUUCUACAACUUGCCAUCGUCCAUCCUAGGCCACGAGAAGCAUACCGUCCUCAAGGCGGCCUACUCCUACUGGAACGUGGCGACGACGGUCCCCUUGCAGGAUUUGAUGUACGAUGCCCUGAUUCUGGCAAAGCAACAGGACUUCGACGUGUUCAAUGCGCUGGACGUCAUGGAGAACGAAAGCUUUCUCAAGGAGCUCAAAUUCGGCAUCGGGGAUGGCUACCUGCAGUACUACCUCUACAACUGGAAGUGCCCAAAGAUAGACCCGGGCAACAUGGGCUUGGUCCUGCUAUAG